UGUCUUCCUCAUUCGUGUGUUUUCUGAGUCAGCAUUAGCUAAAUUUUCCAGAAAGCCAUCCACAAAGUACAGCCUGGACAUUCAAAGGACGUCACUCAUUUCCCCCAGUGGCCUUGACAAGUCAGGAGCUUGAAAGCAGGGAAAUCCGGAUGUCUCAGCUAUGAAGUGGAGCAGUGGCCCUCAACACAUUUCCAGAACUCUCCAUCCAGCCUGGUGAUUGAGCUGCUGCCUCCCUUGCUGCCAGUGGUCACCUGCAGUGCUUCCCUGGCUCUGAGGGGUUUGCACAAUGGCCAAGUGCUUCAGCCUGGUGUUGCUUCUUGCCUCCAUCUGGACCUUGAGGUUUCUGGCCCAAGGCUCUGUCAGAAUACAAGAGCUUUCCAUCUCACUGCCGUGCAGAAUUCUGGGAGUCACCCUCGUGAACAAAAAGGUACACCGGCAGAUGAACUUCACAGAAGCCAAGGAGGCCUGCAGGCUGCUGGGACUAACUUUGGCCAGCAAAGACCAGGUAGAAGCAGCAUGGAAGUCUGGCUUUGAAACCUGCAGUUAUGGAUGGGUUGGAGAAGGGUACACGGUCAUCCCUCGGAUUCUCCCGAACCCCAAGUGUGGGAAGAAUGGGAUAGGCGUCCUGAGUUGGAAAGUUCCGGUUAGCCAGACGUUCAGGGCCUAUUGUCACAACUCAUCUGAUAUUUGGGUCAACUCGUGUGUUCCAGAAAUUAUCACCACUGAUGAUCCCAUGUUUGACACUCAAACUGCACCAUACACAUCAGAGUUCACUGACAGUGACAGCAUCUACUCAGAAGCAUUCACAACACCUGUUCUUGCCACUACUCCUGCUCCAGCCACCACUUCUGUUCCACGGAGGAAAAAAUUGAUUUGCAUCACAGAGCUGGUUACGGAAACUAGCUUCAUGUCUACAGAAACGGAACCCUCUAUUGAAGGGGAAAAAGCUUUCAAGAAUGAAGCUGCUGGGUUUGGAGGUGUUCCCACGGCUCUGCUGGUACUUGCUCUUCUCUUCUUUGGUGCUGCAGCUGGUCUGGCAGUUUGCUACAUCAAAAGGUAUGUGAAGGCCUUUCCGUUUACAAACAAGAAUCAACAGAAGGAAAUGAUUGAAACCAAAUUAGUGAAGGAGGAGAAGGCCGAUGAUGGCAGUCCUAAUGAAGAAUCAAAGAAAACAAAUAAAAAUCCAGAGGAGCCCAAGAGUCCACCCAAAACCACAGUGCGGUGCCUGGAAGCUGAAGUUUAGAUGCAAAAAGAAAUGAAAAGCCACACCUGAGGCUGGUUUCUUUCCUGAACCAUCCCAGCUCCAGGUGGGGAAUCUAAAAGAGCCAAAGAACCAAAGAAGAAAGUCCACCAUUGGUUCCUAAUGGAAAUCAGCUCAAGGCUGCCUUUGGGCUAUGGUGUUCUCCAAAGGGACCCCCUCUUCUUACUGCACCCCUUUCUGGACCCUAUCUUUCUACCUCCAAAACUUCCCACAGCCUCUCCAGCCUGCCUGUGUCCUAGCAAUAUCCCACUGGGAGAAAGGAGCUUUGCAAAGUACAAGGACCCAGGAGUAGUCAUCUGUACACAUUUGUAAACAGGCUUCUGGGUUGGCAGAGACUAGGGAGUAACAGGCAGAGGUGUCACUGAGACCAGGCUGGCUCCUUAGCCCAGAGCCUCUCCGAAGCUCUGAAAGGGAAAAACUUAUAUCACCUGACAGGUCCUUCUGAGCCAGGCACAAAAGGUUUGAGACCUAAUCUCUGGGAAGCCAAAAUAAAUAGAGCGAUAGAAGGAGACCAGGAUCCUGCCAGCACCAUUGUCUGCAGGGACUCUAAACACAGAGGGCCAGGUAUCCUUCCCUGAGCAAAUUGAUUGGAAACACUUUUUAGAACAUUCUCACACUUUCUUUUCUCUCUACUAUUGCUGAUUUUCUCUAGAGGAAUAGACUUUUAUAAGGAAUAACCCCCUCCAAAAUUUCUGGGUUUUAUCUGGGUUAAGAAAUUAUUACUGAAGGCAAUUACUGUUAAAAAGUAAUAAAAUUCGACAAUUAGCUGUCAAAUGUCUACUAUAGGUUGAUUAUCCUUUAUCUGAAAUGCUUGGGAUCAGAAGUAUUUUGAAUUUUGGAUUUUUUUUAGAUUUUGUAAUAUUUGCAUAUACAUGUUGACUAUCUUGGGGAUGGACUCCAAAUCUGAACACAAAAUUCUUUUAUGUUUCAUAUAUCCCUCAUACACUUAGCCUAAAGGUAAUUUCAUACAAUAUUUUUAAUAAUUUGGGGGGCUUGAAACAGUUUCAUAAUGUAGAAUUUUCCAAUUGCAGAUGUCAUGUUGACGCUCAAGAAUUUCUAGAUUUUGGAGCAUUUUGGAUUUUGGAUUUUUGGAUUAGGGAUGCUAUAUAUGUAUAGGUCAAUGUGUAUAUAUCAGGUGCUGUGCAAGAUAUUACAUCCUAUAACUGAAUGUUAUUCACCAAAAAAUUGCAUAUAGUUGAGUGCUGUCUGAAGCUAAUUUUUUUCUAAUUUUGAUAUGCCUACCUUGCCUAUUUCCAAACUAAUUGUGGGCGUUGGUUUAUGUGUUUUUUUUUCUUUUUGUUUGUUUUUGUUUUGCUAAGACUAAUACAUUCAUUUUCUUUAAUAUGGCAACUAUUAUAACAUUAAUUUAUUAUUAACUUACCUAACAUUAUUGCCUCUGUAUACCAAAGCACAAAUUUUAAAAUGUCAUUAACAAACAUAUCCCUAGCUCUUGUUUUUCUAGCAAGAGCUAUGUGAGAGGUGCAGAACUAUUUGU